AUGCAAUGCCAAGAACUGUGGUGGAUCAAGCAAGCUCAACAAUCAGCCCAGCAGCAAGCCAACUUCCAAGCGGACAAACGGCAGCUAAACCUUCAGGAAAAUGACCAGCAAGUUUUAGAACGCCGAGGACACAUUAUGGGAGAAUAUCCAAUUUAUCUGCCAGACAACCAUCCCUUCACCGCGAAGUUGGUCUUCAAAGUGCACUUACCUACCCUGCAUGGAGGGGUUGGUCUCACUAUGGCUAAGGUUUGUGAGAAAUACUGGGUGCCCCGGCUACGACGCCUAGUCAAGAAGUUCAGAGGAAGCUGUCACGGGUGCAUAAGAUUCCAGGCCAAAGUUUACCAAGCACCACCACCAGGAAAUCUACCCACAACCAGAAGAGGGUUCAAGGCUGUUCCAAUGAGCCUCAAGAGAUUCGUGGCUCGAAGAGGGCGACCGGAAACUACCUAUUCCGACAAUGGUUCAACGUUUCAACCUGCCAAGAAGUGGUUACUGAAGGUUCAACAAGAUGAAAGAUUCCACGAGUUCCUAUCCAAUCGAGCCAUCAAGUGGUGUUCUAACCUGAGUCGUGCCCCAUGGUGGGGAGGUCAAUUUGAACACCUUAUUGGCCUCUUCAAAACUGCAUUUUACAAGACCAUCAGCAACGGGACCCUCUGCUGGUCAGAGCUAGAAGAAGUCGUGCUUGAUGUUGAGGUUGCUUUCAACAACCAGCCCCUGAGCUACCUUGAAGAAGACAUCCAGCUUCCUGUGUUGACCCCAAACUCCAUGCUGCACAUCAACUCGAGCUACAUUCCCAAAUUACAACCCCAUCAUGUGCUGGAUAAGGAUCUGAGAAAACGAGCCAAAUUCCUUAUGAAGUGUAAAGAAGUGAUGUGGAAACGAUGGAUGGCAGAAUACGUCAAAGACCUUUGA